UCUGUCGACUGUUGGCUGGUCAUGCUAAUGUGAUUGACGAACUUUGGUCGUAGUGAAUGGAAGAGUAGCUUGAUAGAAUUUUGACGUAAUGUCUGUGCGGAAAUGGUAGGGUGUGCUUUGCGUUUAGUGAAUAUGCGUGUGAAAGUGUCAUUUCUCGCGGAAGUGGGUGAAGAUUGCGUUUUGAUAAGUGUAAUGUAACGACACAUCUGACACAAUGUAUUUCUAUUUGCUCCUCGCUGGAACAGCCGUAGUGAAUAAUAUGUAUGUUAAUUAAAGUGCUGAAUGUAAAUGACAGUGAAAUAUGUCCAUCCCAGGGGGGAGUAAAAGAAGUGGUGCUAUGAAAAUUCGUUUGACAAUACUGUGCGCACGAAAUUUGGCCAAAAAGGAUUUGUUCCGCCUUCCCGAUCCAUUCGCAAAGAUCAGCGUCGACGGCUCGGGUCAGUGUCAUAAAACAGACACAUGUAAAGCCACUCUUGACCCUAAGUGGAAUCAGCAUUAUGACUUGUAUAUUGGAAAGGAUGAUGGCAUUACUAUAAGUGUAUGGAACCACAGAAAAAUUCACAAAAAACAAGGAGCUGGAUUCCUAGGUGGUGUGAGAAUUGUAUCAAAUACAAUUCAGAGGCUGAAAGAUACUGGCUAUCAGCGCUUGGAUUUGUGCAAGUUAAGCUUAGACAGUCCUGAUCCAGUGAAAGGUCAAAUUGUAGUUUCUUUGCUCUCCCGUGAUGGCCACAGUGGUGUCGCAGGUGGGGGCCACAAUGCUGUUGUGGAUCCUCUGGGAGACCUCAGUUGUCCUGAGGACCUCCCCGAGGGAUGGGAAGAGCGAAGAACUUCUGACGGUUGGCUUUAUUACGUAAAUCAUCACACCAAAACUACUCAGUGGUUUAGGCCAACAAGGCCGCAAUAUACAAGUAUUAUUCCGACACAUGUCCUUUCAAGACCUUCACGUGAGAAUGGUCCUGUUGGCUCAAAUGUUACACAGCCUACUUCUCCAACAAGUGGAUUAGCCCAUCCAAAUUCUUCAAGUGAUGGUGGGUCUGUCAGCCCAGAUGUUACACAGCCUACUUCUCCAACAAGUGGACUAGCCCAUCUAAAUUCUUCAACUGAGGGUGGACCCAUCAGCCCAGAUGUUACGCAGCCAGCUUCUCCAAUAAGUGGAUUAGUCCAUCUAAAUACUUCAAGUUCCAAUACUAGUUCACCUAUUACUGGUACCACUGAACAGCAAUCGUCAGCAGGAUCCAAUCCUGGCAGUCCAGUAAACCAGACACCAAGCCAGAAUCAAUCAGGGAACAGGGAGCAGAAUGGCAUCUUCCCUCUUCGAGGAACUGCUGCAUCACGCAGGCCAUUGGUUCCGGCAAUAACAGGCUUCCAACCAAACAAAACAGUGAGCGAAGCUGAAAAUCGGCCUUCAAGAACAGAGCUUCCAGCUGCUGGCAGUAGACGUGAACGUGAAAAUUCUUCAGGCAGUCAGGCUCAAGCAGCUGCUCAUCGUCGACGAUCUGCACGACAGAGAAAUUCAUUGAUGUUGCAACAGGCUGGUCGUGGUUCUCACAAUAUUAGUCAGCCGGGAGACUUGCCACCAGGAUACGAAUUACGAACAACACAGCAAGGGCAGGUGUAUUUCUACCAUGUUCCAUCUGGAAUAAGUACAUGGCAUGACCCACGCAUUCCACGAGACCUGACUGUAAGCUCAGAUCUCGGUCCUUUACCACCAGGAUGGGAAAUGAGGCAAACUAGUUCUGGACGUAUUUAUUUUGUAGAUCACAAUAACCGCACCACUCAGUUCACUGAUCCACGGCUGUCUGGCGCAGUAAUCUCAAAUCUCAUUAAGAAACAGAGCUCAAGCACUUCACCAACCCAUGGCGCAACGAGCAGCUCAAAUUCCAAUUCGAGCAGUGGACGGGUAGAUCCCGUGGGGAGGGAAGAUUCACCUUCUGGGUCAUCUCGCCAGCCUUCUCUGUCCCCUACAAGCAGUGGAAGUAGCACAACAAUGAACAGUGAAGCAAGAACUUCGGGAGAAGGAAGUAGCAAUAGUGCAACGGAACCUGCUGCUGGUACUGACGGAAGUGCAAAUAAUAGUGAAAAUAGAAAUUCAGCUUCAGUGUGUGUGUCACUAAAUGUACGAAGUGGAGAACUGCCAAGGGAACUGUUGGACAGUGAAUUGUUGCCAAAGUACAAACGAGAUUUGGUUACGAAGCACAAAUCUUUAAGAACUGAACUGCAAGCACUUCAACCGCAAAGUGGUCACUGCCGUUUAGAGGUGUCACGGACAGAAAUAUUUGAGGAGUCAUAUAGACUGGUGAUGAAAAUGAGACCAAAGGAUAUGCGCAAACGCCUAAUGGUUAAAUUCAGAGGAGAAGAAGGUUUAGAUUAUGGAGGUGUUGCUCGUGAGUGGCUGUACCUUCUGUCACAUGAAAUGCUGAAUCCUCAGUACGGACUUUUCCAGUAUUCACGUGAAGAUAAUUACACUCUGCAGAUCAAUCCUGAUAGUAGCAUUAAUCCUGAGCAUUUAUCAUAUUUUCACUUUGUGGGCCGUGUAAUUGGGAUAGCUGUUUUCCAUGGUCAUUACAUUGAUGGAGGCUUUACAAUGCCAUUUUAUAAGAUGUUGCUUAAUAAACCUAUAACACUGGAUGAUAUUGAAGGUGUGGAUCCCGAACUGCAUAGGAGCUUAACAUGGAUGCUGGAAAACAGCCUCACUGGUGUCAUUGAUACAACUUUUGCUGUGGAGCACAACAGCUUUGGAGUAUUGAAGGUGCAUGAGCUGAAACCUGGGGGAAAGGAUAUUAAUGUAACAGAAGAAAACAAACGAGAAUAUGUAAAGCUGUACGUGAACUACAGAUUUAUGAGAGGUAUUGAGCAACAGUUCCUAGCUCUACAGAAAGGUUUCACUGAAUUAAUACCCAACAAUCUUCUUCGAGCAUUUGAUGAACGUGAACUUGAAUUGAUAAUUGGUGGCCUCGGUUCUAUAGACAUUACGGAUUGGCGCAAUCACACAAGGUUAAAGCAUUGCACUCCUGAAACACCAGUUGUAAAGUGGUUUUGGCAGAUCGUUGAAGAAUACUCGGAGGAAAUGAGGGCAAGACUUCUACAGUUUGUAACAGGAAGUUCUAGGGUUCCAUUACAAGGAUUUAAAGCUUUGCAAGGUUCAACAGGUGCUGCUGGUCCAAGACUUUUUACAAUUCAUGUUAUAGAUGCACCUUUGGAAAAUUUACCAAAAGCCCAUACAUGCUUUAAUAGAAUUGACAUUCCUCCUUAUGAAUCAUAUCAGAAAAUGUUUGAAAAGCUUACUCAGGCUGUGGAAGAGACAUGUGGUUUUGCUGUUGAAUGACGUGUUGCAUAAAAUAGCUUAAUUUUAGAGGUUGAGUCAAUUUGCACUAUUUUUAGAUAAAUAGUCAAAUUUAUUGUUUGCACAUUGAUUUGCACAAAAGGCCUCACAAGUCAUUGAAGCUGCAUGACACACCUCUGAAAGAUUCAGAUAAACUGCAAAGCUUCAUUGCCGGUGAAAUGAAAUAUUUGGGAUCAUAUGGUUUUGGUAUGAUCUCUAGUUUCUUUUUAGAUACAAUUCACUUGUUGUACAGAGUUAUUUUGUUGUAUGCUGUUGUUAAAAUAUGCAUCACAUGGUGUAUUAUUGAGAUUUUUUAACCAAUUGUUAAAAACAUUGAACCUGUGUCUACUGUGUAGAUAUAAGCUAGUAUUGUUUUCAUGGUGUGAUUUAAAAUCUGCCCAUUAUAUAUGUUGCACAUUUUAUUUUUUAAAAAAAAGGUGGCAGUUGAACUGUCAGCACAAAAUUCAACCACCACAGAUAUGCACAUAUUGUGUGUUGCUUUAGUAUUUAUGUUAACAAUAAUUGCCUUAUGUCAUUUGUUUAAGAUAAGGUUCUUCACAGUAUUGUUGUAAUUGUAACUAACAGGUAAUGCAAUUAUAAAUUAGAGCCGUUUUCCAGUUUGAAGUAGAUAGUGUUUGGUUGCUCAGAUUUCUCUGAUUUAACAUUGUACUCUUCUCAUGCACACAUGCUGCGACAUGACUCACAAACAGUGACGCGCUGAAAACCAGAUCUGAAUGUGCUCUUGCUUCAGUUUUACUCUCAGCAGUUCACCAUUGUUUUUUAUUAUUUCAUAUUACUGCAGAUUGCAGCAGAGAUGUCAUUCAUAUUUAUUAAAUGUUUUUAUGGCAGCAGUGGAAAUGCCUCAUGUAGCACCCUCCAGUAUAAUGUGACUUCCAUGCCUGAACUCCUGAUUCGCUAGCUUUUGGAGAACCGGGAUCAAGUUUAAUAUUAGCAUUAUUCAUUUAAAAGUAUGUUGACUGUAGAAGGAACCAGUUCUCCACAAUGAGGUGGAAAAAUUUCAUUUAGAUCAGAUGAGAAUAAGAUCAUUAUGCAAACAAAGCCAGUAUUAUUGGUUGCAGUCCACAUAAUCCCGUGGUUCUGGAGCAAGAAGUGAAACUCCAUAUUUAUUAACUGUUUGUGCACUCUUACUCUCCAAAAAUUUCAGUAAAAACUCUUCAUUGGGUGCUCCAUUCAUUAGACAGUUAGUUCAACAUUUUCAGACUCUAACUACCACAGAGAACAUAAAGGCCAAAUUCAUCCCAGUGUGUAUACGUCGUCAUAAAAACAAGGACCAUCAUAUUCAUCUUGAACAUAGUGCUUUUUCCUAUUUCUGUUGCCCCAUUCAAUUAAAAGUCAACUGUUUCAUAUGUAUUUAAGUUAUCAGGGACAUUUUUUAUUCUUGAUGUUUUGAGGAUUGAGUACCUUGCAAUACUCAUUUUUUGUGUAACUAUGUGGUAUAUCAUUUUACAGAGUUACGUAGCAUUAUUUACGGUCUCUAUAAAAAUACCUCCUUGUCACUAUUAUAAUUUGUUUCCUAGGAAACUGACAAAUAAGUUAUAGCUUUAAAUGAAAGGAAACAAGAAACAAAUUUAUCUGUAAUGUGGAUGGUAUUUGUGAUCCUGUUGUUAACAACAGUACCAAUAGAUAUGUAUUUUUGAGAAACAUGGAUGCAUUUUAGAAAAAUGUAUAGUUGUUAAAAACUAGAGAACUGUUUUCAAAACCAACUGGAAGUUGUUUCACUCCUUUUCUAUAUUUUCAUAAUACUCUGUUGAUUUAUAUACAAUUUGCAUAACAUGCUAAUUUUUGAAAUGUAAAACCAUUAUAUAAUAAUGAAAAUAUUUUUGUACACAGCUAUAAUGCCUUCAAUGUAUUGUAGCAAAAUCUACAUAUCAUUGUAUUCUCUGCAAUAGGAAAAUUUGUGUGUGCUUUGUGAGAAUGGAAGGCAUUGUGCAAUAUUUUAUUGCUGUUAAAUUUGAAAUAUUUUAUACAGGCCUUAACUCAAUAGCUCAGAAGAGCAGUUGUUGAGAAAAUGUGGUUAUUGUUGCAGAAAGACAAUAAUAGAUGUAGAAAGCACUCCUUCCAAUUGGCGUUUUCCUAGAUUUUGUAUAAGAGAAGUAUUGAGAGGCAUGUUCCUUAUAACAGCAAUAGAUAAAGUACUUGGUUCCACAAGUACAUGGAAGUGUUGUUAUUUGUUGCAGAACAUAGCAUUUUUGUUAUGCUUCAUCUUUGAUUACCAAAUUGCUGCAGCACUGAUGUUGCAGGAUAACUUUUUAGUAGCUAAUUUGUAAGCAUAAAUUUUCUUCCAUUUAAUUUGUUGUACAGUGACAGGCUGACUGAAAAAAAGAUAUAAUGCUGUUUACUUAUAAAUCCAGUACAGAAGACAUAACAAGAAUGUCUAGGAGUCGUUAUGAAAUGCCACUUAAAUACUUUUACAGACCUACAUCUGUGCAUCAGGCAGUGUGAAGUGAAGGCUGUAUAGUAUAUCAGCAUUAUUUACAUCCCCCUGUACUACUCUUUUUUGGAUAGAAUCCAGGAAGAAUGUGUGUGUGUAAACCCAAAUUCAUCUAAUAAUUCUACCACUAUUACAGAUUAUGUAUGUGAGAGGAAGUAAUUUAUCAUGAUCUUUAUGGAAUAUAUGCUGUUGUUGUUUAUAAAGUAACACUUUCCAUGAAGCAUAAUAGUUUCCUCUUGGAAUUUGUUGAAAAUAUCUAUUAUUCUUACACUGUCCAAAAAAUUUAUUACUGCAAAUCAAAUUUAGAUUUUUUUUGUCUGUACAGAUAGGAGAUUUAGACAAGUUUUUUAUUUAUCGAAACAGUCAGUACUCUGAUGGUUAUAACAUGGAAAAGCUGGGCACAUUGGUUCAGUUUCAUGAUAAAAAUAAUGAGAAGUGAUACUAAUAAAAUGUACCUUACGUUCAUUAA